AUGCUGUCUGCCACUCGUCGCCGCGCGGAUGUUGGAAAAGAGUUGUAUGGUAAACUGUCGACGCUCCCGGGAGAUUUUUAUGACUCGUGCCGGAGACACUUUGGAAUCACCCUGCACCAAGACACUUUCAUUGGGGUUCGUUCCUCACAGGUGCGAGGUUUGUUCUUGUCGACCAGCAGUAAACCAGUGGAGGCCAACAAGCCCAUUGCCACUAUUCCGCUUGCAGGUCUCUACACGGUUUCUAACAUCGGAAGUAAACCCAACGCGCUUCGCAACGUAACCAUCGAUGAUGUUCGCAAUGCGGUGAGGGAGGAGGAGUUUAAGAUUAUGUCCCCUCAGUUUUACCUGAGCUUUCAAUUUAGUGCCAUCAUCGCUAGUCUUCCGGACAUCACUCAUGCACAGGACGAAGAAGAAAUGGAACGCAUCACACACAUUCUGCGUGGUGGCGCCAUGCCUUGGGCUAGAAUGAUUGAUGAUGAAGAUUUCAAUGAACAGUUUAUUUUCGGUAUGUACGGUAUGGCACUAGAUACGUGGCAGCGACAAAGCUACGAGGAAAUGACGAAGAUGUUUCAUCGCAAUAUCACCGCAAUUCAUGAAAAAUUUGAGCCACCGUUUUCUGUAGACACAUUUAGACGUAUUGCACGUUUGGUUCUGGCGCGUGCAGAACACAUGCCGCCUCUGGACUUCUACGAUGGUUCGGCUAUGUGGCGUCGUGCACGUCACUACUUGCGCCGCUGCAUGAAACGACGAGAUCCCUCAGAAGUGUGUAUGGUGCCACUGCUUGACUUGGUUAAUCAUUCUAACCGGCCCAACUGUGGAGUGCGCGUCGGUCCGAGUCCGGUUGCGGGCGGCAAAGGUGCCAUAACGCUUCACUCAAUCGCCCGCAUCAACCCUGGCCAGGAGAUUUGCCGGCACUACAAUUUUGCCAUUAAUCGCCCGAAUGCCCUUUUCCGCUACGGGUUCUUGCCGUUUGACUUAAUUUCCAUAGUGGAGCACGACGCCAUUGACGAGUACCUUGUCAAAAAUCGGCAAAUGCUGCGCGAGGAGUCGGAGGAGGUGCAAACGAGGCGGCAAAAGGAGAGGGAGGAGAUCCACCGGCUGGAAAAGAUUUUCCAACAGGCACGAUCAGGACGAUCGUCUGAAAAGGGAUUCGAGCACUAA